CCACCGCCCGCGCUGAAGUGAUGCGCCCGGCUGAGGGAACGGCCCCAGGAGCCGCCGUCGCGGCUCUAAACGCGGCGUGAGGGGGAGGUCCGCGCCCAGCAGCGGGAGCCGCAGAGUUUGUCCCGGGAGGAGGAGGUGGGUUUUUGGCAAGGUGCAGUUUCCUACUGCCACACACUUUGAAUGACAGAAGAAUCCUGUGCCAUCUGUAUCCUUGGUUGCCUUGUUCCCCCUCCACUGGAGAAGAGCUGGGGUGGAUGAAAUAGCACCAGCAGCAGGUUGUGGAAGAUGCUGUGGCUGCUGGUAGCUUUCCAGGUCCUGCUGUUGCUGGAGACGGUGCUGUGGAGCACGGGCACAGAGAUGUGCCCUUCAUCAGAGUGUGAGUGCUUAGACUGGGACCACUACAAAAUCACCUGCAAGGAGAUACAUUUCAUUCCCAGCCUUCCACAGGACACCAAAACCCUGAGGUUUAUGGAGACUCAUCUGAGAACAGUUCCAAGUGAUGCAUUUUCUAAUCUCCCCAACAUCUCCAGGAUCUAUAUCUCCAUAGAUGCUACGUUACAAAGGCUGGAGGCCCAUUCCUUCUACAAUUUAAGUAAAGUCACUCAUAUAGAAAUUCGCAAUGCUAGAAAUCUACAUUACAUAGAUCCAGAUGCCUUUAAGAACCUCCCACUGUUAAAAUACCUUGGAAUUUUCAACACUGGAAUUACGAUAUUUCCUGACCUCACCAAAAUCUAUUCAGCUGAUGUGAACUUUUUACUUGAAAUUGCAGAUAAUCCUUACAUGACUUCAGUGCCUGCAAAUGCGUUCCAUGGGCUGUGUAAUGAAUCCCUUACACUCAAACUCUACAAUAAUGGCUUCACUAGGGUCCAAGGCCACGCUUUCAACGGGACGAAGCUGGAUGCUGUCUACCUGCACAAGAACAAAUACCUGAAAGUUAUUGAAGAAGAUGCAUUUUGGGGAGUGCACAGUGGACCAACCCUGCUUGAUGUCUCCCGGACCAGCGUUGCUGCCCUUCCAACAAAAGGACUGGAAAACCUUAAAGAACUGAUGGCUAAAAAUACAUGGACACUGAAGAAACUACCUCCUGUAAAGACUUUUCUUCAUCUAAUGCGAGCUGACCUGUCGUAUCCAAGCCACUGCUGUGCUUUUAAGAACUGGAAGAAAACCAAAGGAAUUCUGGAAUACAUGAUGUGUAACCAGACCAGCAGUCACAGCUUUCGUAAGAAAAGAUCCGUCAGUACCUUCAAUGGUCCUUUUUACCAAGACUAUGCAGAAGAGGAUGCAGACCGUACUGACAGAGUGUAUGCUGAAAACUCCAAAUUCAGGGAUUUUCAUGGCAACUCCCACUACUACGUUUUUUUUGAAGAGCAGGGGGAUGGAGAUGUUGGGUUUGGCCAAGAGCUCAAGAACCCUCAAGAGGACAACAUCCAGGGGUUUGACAGCCAUUAUGACUAUACUGUCUGUGGUGGCAGUGAAGACAUUGUGUGCACUCCAGAGCCUGAUGAGUUUAAUCCCUGUGAAGACAUAAUGGGCUAUAAAUUUCUAAGGAUUGUGGUGUGGUUUGUGAACCUCCUGGCUAUCCCGGGUAACAUUUUUGUCCUCUUCAUCCUUCUCACCAGCCAUUACAAGUUGACUGUACCACGUUUUCUGAUGUGCAACCUGGCUUUUGCUGAUUUCUGCAUGGGACUGUACCUUCUCCUGAUUGCUUCGGUGGAUCUCUACACUAGGUCAGAAUACUACAACCAUGCCAUAGACUGGCAGACUGGGCCUGGCUGCAACACAGCUGGCUUUUUCACUGUCUUUGCCAGUGAGCUUUCUGUAUACACACUGACUGUGAUCACCCUGGAGCGCUGGUAUGCCAUCACCUUUGCUAUGCGCCUGGACAGGAAGCUUCGCCUUUGGCAUGCUUUGGUCAUCAUGCUGGGUGGUUGGCUCUCAUGCUUUCUUCUUGCCCUCUUGCCACUGGUUGGAGUCAGCAGCUACAUCAAAGUCAGUAUCUGCCUGCCCAUGGAUACUGAAACACUGUUGGCUCAAGCCUACAUUGUCUUUGUUUUAAUUUUGAACAUCAUUGCCUUUAUCAUCAUCUGUGCCUGCUACAUAAAAAUCUAUAUAACUGUGCGAAACCCUGAGUACAAGUCCGGAGACAAAGACACCAAAAUUGCUAAAAGGAUGGCUGUGUUGAUUUUCACUGACUUCCUAUGCAUGGCACCUAUCUCAUUCUAUGCUUUAUCUGCCAUUAUGAACAAGCCCUUGAUAACAGUCAGUAAUUCCAAGAUCCUGCUAGUGCUGUUCUACCCACUCAAUUCUUGUGCCAACCCCUUCCUCUAUGCUAUUUUCACCAAGGCUUUCCGAAGGGAUGUCUUCAUCCUGCUCAGCAAAUUUGGCAUAUGUGAGCAUCAGGCUCAAAUCUACCGGGGCCAGACAGUCUCAGCCAAAAACAGCAGUGGUUCUUAUGGCCAGAAAGGCAGCCGAGGGACAGGUCAGGACUACCAUGACCCACAUGAUGACUAUCACCCUGCAAUUGCGAUGCAAGAGCAAAUAGUUGUGGAAGACUAUACGCUGACUGUGUUAUAGCACCUGAAAGCAUCACAACUGCAGUGCAAUCAAUCAGAUGGUAAUUUACUGAUCAAAAAAAAAAAUCCAGUGAUAAGAUACAGUUUUUCCUAGUUGUUUUGAGGAACAUCUGUAGUGAUUUUUCUUUUGAGUGAGCCAUUCAUUUGACUCUCCAAUCUUAUACUACUGUCAGUGUAAGAGAGAAGGUGCCAGUUAUGAUGACAAUACUGGAAGCAUAUAUGAAUACUCAGUAUAAAUCAGAAAGUGAACAUAUUUAUAUGAAAUUUUAAACAUUCAUUCUUCUCUAAUUGGCUAAAGGGAAAGGGAGACAGCAUAAAUUUAGGGGAUACUUGUACAAAUAAAAUAGGAUUUUUAGAUUUAUAAUUAAAGUGGAGUUAAUAAAAAAAUAAAAAUUAGAUAAUGAAUUUUUCAGGUUCUAGGUCAGAUUAGUCAGGCUGGCUUGCUUGCUUUUUUUCUUUUUUUUAAAUCAAAAGAUUUAUUUGUUUUUCUAAUUGCCAGUUUUAUGAACUGGGUUCUUUCUGCUCCUAUUAUCACUUGUAAAAAAAAUUCGGCAGUUGGAAUUUAAUUUACAAUUUUGUUUAAAAUGUGUGAGGCAGAAUAGAAUCCAGCUGGCUUUCCCAUCACUCAUGUUGCCUCACUAGGCCAAACAACAGUAAAAACCAUUUUUAAAAAUAAGUUAAAGAGCAGAUAGUAAGGCUUUAACUUCUUUUUUCUUUGUGUGUAGGGAAAAACUUCCCGACUCUCUCUCAAAUGGGGGGAUUCUGACUUUUUGAGGUGAGUUUAGGGGGAGAUUUAUUUUAAAUUUCUUUUGAAACCUAUCUGUCCGGACUAAUGGGUUCAAAUCCCAGUUUUACGGAUGGUGAUAGUUACUUGCUUUUGAAGCUGAAAGAAACUCAAAUGAAAUUUUGAUACUAAAAAUUAACAUUAGGGGAAGCAAAUUGCUUGGCUUUUAUCUAGUCAUCUGAGUAUAGUAUAAGUGUUUGGCACUUUAGGAUAUGUCUACAUUGAAAAGUGAAGAUGUGACUGUAGCACAGGUAGGCAUAUGUGUUAGCUUUUAUCUAGCCAGAAUGAGUAAUAAUAGCAGUGUAGACGUGGUGGCAUGGGCUUCAGAAUGGGCUAGCAAACAGAGUAAAAGCCCUCCAGCAGUAUGGGAUAGGGCAGUGUGAUCAUGACAGCCACUCCCUGAUGCCUAUUUGCAAGCCACAGUCCCUCACAUUGCACAGUGACUUUAAAGAGAAUGUGCUAAAGUAGCAGUGGAUUUGUUCCUUUGUUGCUUCUUUCUGGCAUACAGUCACACAGCAGCAAGAAAGGGUCAUAGCUGCCAAGUAUUUUGCAGCUUCCCCUUGUGACAUUUAUCACAGAUGAAAAAGAAUCAUCAUUCUUUGCCACAUGGUCCCACUAUCACUGCUCAGGGUGGAGAGGUGUCAUUUGGGAAUGGUGGCAAUGUUUUCACUGCUGAGGAAUGUCACACAAGGAGCAACAUAAAACUUCACCCCCUCGUUUCCCCCCCAAAAGGCAACUAUUUCCUACUGCCACCCAAAAGUCAAUUUACGUUCCCUACCUCCCCAUGUUUCGGGUGACCAGACAUCCCGUUUUUAAAGGGACAGUUCCCAUAUUUAAGCACUCCUGCAGGUGUCCUACUUCUUCUUAAAAAAGGGCAAAUUGUCCAAUAUUUUGUCUUCCACCUCCCCCACCUCCCCAAUCAGUACUGAUGGGUCCUGGUGCUAGUCAGAUCCCUGCUCACCAGCUGCCCGCCCACCAGCAGUGCGUGAGGGGGGGUCCAGUGGCCGAUGAUGGGGGUGGGUGUGCCAGGCUGCUGGCUGGGCAAACCUGCUGCGCGUGAGGCCCGCUGCUGGUCCGACAGCACAGCCCCCACUGCGUGCCGGCUCUCAGGCAGCAGGACCUCGCCUCCUGUUCUGUUUCUGGCCAGCACUGGCUGUGCGUUGCGAACUGCGGUGGCUGGUGAGUGAGGGCAGGUGCCAGGCGGCGGCUGGUUACAUGUCACCUCUGCUGCCCACCCAUCAGCUUUUUAUGUGCUCCCCCUCUUGCUGUCCUCUCCUGCUUUUCCCCUUCACCCCACCUACCCCACAGCUCCUCCAUAUCCCCCCCAGCGUAGCGCAUCCCACUCCCAGUGCUGUGCGGAGAACCAGCCCCUGGUCGGAGUGCUCAGCUCACCAACAGCUUGGCUGGCAGGCUCCUUCCUUCCUCCACUGCCUCUGGCUGGGCUGGCACCCCAGGAAAGCCCAGGACUCUCCGGCCCAGGGCGAUGGCCAGGAGAAGCUGAGCCCUGCAUGUGCCAAAGCCCCACACAGCGCUGGCACUGGGAAGCCUCCCCGCCUCUCAGCUAAGCUCUGGAGUGGUGGCAGGAUUCAAUUUCCAGCCUGUUUGCACCCUGACCCUGCAGGCUCUAAAGCAGCAACCCAAGCAGGGGCUUAGCGCCCCCUUCCCCCCACCCCUCCCCGCCCUGGGUCCUGCCCCAGGGAGCACAGGGCUGCUCUGUCCCCUAGACCCUGUGUGCCCCCCGCCCCCACACACACGUUGCAUCAGGAAGCGCCAGGUACCAGGAGGGCGGAGAGUGCCGGGCAGGGAGAGUCGGGUUGGUCGGUCACACCCCCGUAUGAGAAGUGUAUGGGAAUGUGUGUGUGUCAUCUCUCCCCGUGUGAACCCUAAAGCCUUAAAGAUAAGAAGGUAAAUAAAAAGAAUCCAGUUAUGCAGUAUUUCUUUUUAACUGGCUCUCAGUC